GCGAGAAUUGGUGCCGCCAGGUCCUUCGAACUGGUAGCGUUCUCCUACACUGUUUUUCGGUCAUCUCAAUAUGCUAAGAAGCACGACGACUCGAAAAAAAAAACACGACUCGUCGCAAAAACUGGUCACUCGGAUAUCCUUUCGCACGUACGCAACACAAGUCUCGGUUUCUUGUUGAAGACGACGACCCACGAUGUACUGUGAACGUCGGUCUAGCUGUAGAGAUAAUUUAUGUUCUUGAGAGAAGUUGUUCUUGUCCUUUCAUUUCGGUCUACUUCGAAUGGUGACACAACUACCACUGCUAGACACAGUCAGGGGUGUUUGCACCUUCAUCAAUCUAUCUUAUUCGGUGAUGAUUUAUUGCGGUGAAAAAUUGUUGACAUUAUGAUACUAUGUCGGUCCUCGUCCAUUUUCGUGGCAAUUACUUUCGGUUUCGUCCAUCGGAACUUACUACUAAAACAAGCUCGCUUGUUGUUGUUCCCAAUUCGCAAUCUAUUCGUACUGGACCUGCAUUAUAUUCUCGUAUCGACGCUCGCAUCCUAUUUUCGUUUACUCGUUGUCCUCACUCGUUUGUCGUCCUCGGACCAUGUAUGCGUUUUGUAUUUUUGUGCGAACUCUGUCCUCCUAUGCAACAUGCCCUCUGUCGCCUCCGACAUAACUAACAUGACACUGUGCUUAUGCAUGAUAUCUGGGCUGAUCACAAUUUAUAAAAAUGCCUUCUGA